AUGAGUCAAGAACGAGAUGGAUCAGAUGAGCGAAGUAAUAGUAAAACAUCACAUCAUCAUGAUUAUUUAGUUAAAAUUCAUGGCAUUUCGUAUUCAUCGAAUAAAGAUGAUAUUAAAAAAUUUCUCUAUCCAUGUCGUAUUGUUGCUAUUCAUUUAUUCGAUAAUAAUGGUACUUCAUCAAGUGAUUGUUUCGUUGAUUUAGAAUCUGAAAUUGAUGUUAAAGAUGCCUUAAAAAAAUCAGGUCAAUAUUUAGAUAAAAGAUACAUUGAAGUCUUUCGAGCAACUACUUAUGAAUAUAAUUUUCAUGUUCAACAUAAAGGUAUGGUUUCAUGGCAUGAACCUGUUAUUCGAAUGAGUGGUCUUCCAUUUGCUUGUACAAUGGCUGAUGUACAAAAUUUUUUUGAAAAUAUUGAAAUAGCAAAAAAUGGUAUUUAUAUAACACGAGAUAUGGCAGAUAAAGCAUUGGGUGAUGGUUUUGUGGCUUUUGUCAAUAUGGAUAAUGCUUAUAAAGCAAUUGAUAUGCAUAAUCAUAAACAUAUUCAGCACAGAUAUAUUGAAUUAUUUCCAUCGACAUAUGAUGAAGCGAAAAGAAGAAUUAUGAAUGAUGCUCGUUCAAAUGCAAGACAAUUUGUAGGCGAAGAUGAAGAUGAUGAUAAUAAAAAUAAAAAUAAUAAUAAUACUAAUAAUAAUAAUACUAAACGAAACUAUCAAAGUCGAAGUCGCAGUCGACAACGAUCACGAACAUCAAGUCAAGAUUAUCGUCAACGAGAAAUGAAACGUCGUCAUUCGCCAUCCGUCUCACCUCCUCCACGAACUUAUCCUUCAUCAAAAAGUAUAAAUCAACGAUCAUAUAAUAAUUAUCGUCGUCGUAGUCGUAGUAGAAGUUUAAUACGACGUUCAUCUUCUCGAAAUGAAGAACAUCUUGUUAAAAUACGUGGUAUGCCUUAUACUGUUGUUGAAGAUGAUAUUCGAAAAUUCUUUCCUGAAUCUUGUCAACCAAGUCGUAUUGAAAUUUUACAAGAUCGACGUAUGAAACGACCAAAUGGAGAUGGUCAUCUUUAUUUUAAUACUCUCGAUGAAGUCAAUGAAGCAUUAAAAUAUGAUCGAAAAUAUAUGGGUAGUCGUUAUGUUGAAAUUUAUUUUGAUUCACCUCGCUAUGCAUCAUUGAGUAAUCGACGAAAAAAACCUGAUGUUAUUUCUCAUCGUUCAUCUUGUUCUCCACCAAGAUCAAAAUAUAAUCGUUAUAGUCGAUCAAGAAGUAUGCUAUUUUUUUUAUAA